UUUCCAGGCUGCUGGCUGGCCGGGCGGAGCGGGGUGUCCGGAGAGGGGUCCCUCCCCAAACCCUCCAUCUCCGUCAGCCCCGGUGGGGUGAUCCCCGUGGGGGGAAACGUCACCAUCCGGUGUCGGAAUCAGCACCUGGGCAUGAGGAUCCUCCUCUACAAGGCUGGAGAUGGGAACUAUCUGACUUACACAGACCCUGCUGGCUCUGAGGCUGAAUUUCCCAUCACCAGCGCCACACGGGAACAGAGCGGAAACUACACCUGUCGUUAUAGCAACAGAACAGGACGAGCUGCCUACUCGGAGCCCAGCGACCCUGUGCAGAUCAUUGUAGCAGGCGGAUCGGAAUCGCCGGCACCUCCGGGUCUGACCAGCCCCAUCCUUGCCGGGGUGAGUGCGGCAGCUGCCAUCCUCCUCCUCCUCUUCCUCCUCGUGGCCUUCGUCUGCUUCAGAAUAACCCGAGCCAGAAAAGGAGCCGCACCGAGACCGAGCAGCCCUUUGGGGGUGUCGAAGGCCCUGGAUCAGCAAGACCCUGUCUACGCCUCCAUGGAUGAAGGGAAACAGCCGCUGACCCUGUUAUCUCUGCUGUCGUCUGAUUGCUCACUUCCAUUUCCAAGUGAGGUGUGUGGCUGA